AUGUUUGAGAGUUUGGGAAUCCCAUGCAGCCAUACUUUGGCAUAUUUGCACAAAAUACGUCAGCUUCAUGAAUUGCCAGAUCAAUAUAUUUUGAAGAGAUGGACUAGAUCUGCUAGAUUUGAUCUUAUGGUAGACAAUGAUGGUGUUGAGAUAUCUAUUGACAACUCCUUAAUAGGAAAGCACAGUGCAUUAUUCCAACGAUAUUCACUUGUGAUUGAUAAAGUCAUCUUAAGUGAUAAGGCUAGUCAGAUCUUCUGUGAGGCAUUGGAUUCAUUGAUUGAGUGGAUUAAGCCAUUGCUUCAUGGUGCUGAAGAAGUAUUACCUUUUGCAAGGAGAAGUAUUGCUUUUGAAACUAGUUUAAAUGAACCAGAUCCUGCUAAAGAAAAAGGAAGUGGGAAAAGACUUAAGGGCAGAAAGGAGUUGGCGAGAGAAAACUACAAAGGUCGGCGUUGUAAUGGGUGUGGAAAAUAUGGACAAGCACACGACAAAAGGAACUGUCCUAUGCUUCAAAAAUCAUCUUCAAUUGUUGACAAAGAUGCUUUUAAUGGCAUGGAUAAUAGUUCUUCGUCACAGGAUGAUGAGAUUUUUGGAUGA